CAAAAAUAUUAUACAAAACACCCCCUCCAGCCUCUACAAUCUACAUUUUCGGCCAUCAUGGAAUCACAGUUGCACCGCACUGACUAUGGCCGUCACUACGGCGACCCCCUCCAUCCCGCCGGUACUGAUGUUCAUGUUCAUGAUGAACACGAACAUGACGGAGAGACGAAAUCUGCGAUGAAGAAGGUGAAGGAAAAGAUGGAUAGGUUGAAGGAUACAAUCAAGCAUGGCCAUGGCCAUCAUGAGGGGGAAGGCCACCACGAUGAAGCAAAAUCCGUAAAUGAUUCGCCGCCGGUUAGAAGUGGGUUGAUGGAACCCACUGUUAUGGGAACACCGGUGUUAGCAGAGGAUCUGUAUGCUACUCAUUCCGAUAUUGUAGACCCUCCGGUGAGGUCGUUUGCGCAGUGGGAGGAGGAGGAGAGACAUGGUGCACCACCGCCACUUUCCACCGGAAUGUAUGGAACUCAUCUGACUGAUUUCUCUCAGGUUGGCCAUGAUCAUGUCUAUGGUCCAGAUGUGAAUACAGAGCAAAUUGAGCAAUUAACGGGUGGUAUUGGAGAAUCAACCGGCAUGGAGGAAGAUCCAAGUUCCCUUAACCUAACAACCGCAGUUCCCCCGGCGAACUACCAGACCGAAGUGACUGAUACGACGAAUACCGGUGGAAGGGAAGCAGUAGGGAUCACAGAUGUCUUGAAAUCGUUUAACAAAAUGGGUGUCUACGACGAACCCUACUCCAAAUCCUCAAAAUCCGAUCAAGAUGAACCGGAAGUUUACACAGGAUCCCAUGAUCAAUUUGCUCCGGAAACGGUUGAAAAUCCACCACUGGACACCAUCGCCGCAGACGCGUCUAACCCGAGAAGCAGCUACGCUCAAAAAGUAACUUCAGCCACUGCGGCUAUCGCCGAUAAGGCGGCUGCAGCAAAAGAAACGAUCGUUUCUAAACUGGGUUUCUCCGGUGAAGACAAAAGCGAGACGAGUACCACUGGAUCAAAUAAAACGAACAAGAAUUCAUCAUUCUCAACGGAUUUCGCUCAUAAAGUUGCAGAUACAAUGACGGGGACGUUGGUUCCGGUUUAUGACAAAGUGGUGAGCGUCAAAAGCACGGUAAUGUCCAAAAUUCAAGGGUCUGGAGAAGAUGACGACAGCGGAAUUCCGGCGACGAGUUCACCGGAGAGCAAGAAAGUCACGGUAAGGGAAUACUUGGUUGAUACAUUUAGGCCUGGGGAUGAAGAUAAAGUCUUGUCGGAGGUGAUAACAAAUGCUUUCCACCGGGGACAAGGGAAUGCACCCCAAGAGACCUCUUCUGAUGUGAGAGAUGAAGGGGAAAGAAGACUUCAAGAUUCAAGCAACUGAAAUGGAUAUAUAUAGUUUCUGCGUUUAAUUUCGUGUGUAAUGGGUUUUUAAGAUGGGGUAAUGAAGUGGGGCGUGUUGAUGUUUUUGGGUUUCGGUAUAUAUGCAACCUUAGAAAAAAGAAAGUGUUGGUUGAUUAUACGAGGCUAGUGUUGGUAUUAAUGGUCAAUGGUGUGUCUAUGCAUAAUCGCAAGACUUUUCUGUAUUUGUAUGUGUGUUUAAUAAUAUGCAUAAUAUAUGCC